AUGGAUCAUUCUGCAUCUAAAUCAGCACCCUGCAACUUUCUCUCUCUUCUUGCUUUCCUCAUCCACUACUCCCUCCACAGUGCACUCUCAUUUUUGGAGCUGGAUGGGGAGGAGGCAAGACUUGCAGAUUACUUCGACGUGAUUGCCGGAACAAGCACCGGUGGUCUUGUGACAGCCAUGUUAACUGCACCCGAUGAAAACAACCGUCCUCUCUAUGCAGCCAAAGACAUCAAACCUUUUUACCUAGAGCACGGUCCCAAGAUUUUCCCACAGAAAAGUGGCUUGUUUAAAUCCAUUGGAAAAACGUUAAAAACAUUAAGAGGACCCAAAUAUGAUGGGAAGUAUCUUCAUGGGCUUGUAAGGGAGAAGCUGGGAGAUAUCCGAUUAAGUCGUACACUCGCCAAUGUUGUCAUUCCAACUUUUGAUAUCAAAGACUUGCAGCCAACCAUUUUCUCCACUUAUCAGGUAAAAGGCUCUUCAUGUUUGGAUGCUCAAUUAUCCGAUAUUUGCAUAAGUACUUCUGCAGCUCCAACCUACCUUCCAGCCCAUUACUUCAAGACCCAAGAUAACAAAGGGAAUGUUCGAGAAUAUAAUCUUAUUGAUGGGGGUGUUGCUGCAAAUAAUCCGGUAAAAGGCUCUUCAUGUUUGGAUGCUCAAUUAUCCGAUAUUUGCAUAAGUACUUCUGCAGCUCCAACCUACCUUCCAGCCCAUUACUUCAAGACCCAAGAUAACAAAGGGAAUGUUCGAGAAUAUAAUCUUAUUGAUGGGGGUGUUGCUGCAAAUAAUCCGUUUCAAAUGGAGAGACUCUCAUCUCAGCCCCCAACUUACGGAAACCUCAUCACCAUUCUCAGCAUUGAUGGAGGUGGUAUCAGAGGGAUCAUCCCUGGCACUAUCCUUGCUUACCUUGAGUCCCAACUUCAGGAGUUGGAUGGUGAGGAUGCAAGACUUGCAGAUUACUUUGACGUGAUUGCAGGAACCAGUACUGGUGGCCUUGUGACUGCCAUGUUAACAGCUCCAGAUGAAAAUAAUCGUCCUAUAUUUGCUGCUAAAGAUAUCAAGCCCUUUUAUGUCGAAAAUUGUCCAAAAAUUUUUCCACAGAAAAGGGGCAUGUUUGCAUCACAUAGAAACAGAUUGAACUUAUUAGUAGGACCCAAGUAUGAUGGGAAGUAUCUUCAUCAAGUUGUAAGGGAGAAACUAGGAGAGACUCGAUUGCAUCAAACCUUAACCAAUGUUGUCAUUCCUACUUUCGAUAUCAAGACUUUGCAGCCAACUGUUUUCUCCACUUAUGAGGCGAAACAGUACCCCUUUCUGAAUGCAAGACUAUCAGACAUAUGCAUUAGCACAUCUGCAGCUCCAACUUAUCUUCCUGCCUACCAUUUUAAUAACAACGAUAAUGAAGGGAACGUUUGGGAAUUCAAUCUUAUUGAUGGUGGUGUUGCAGCAAAUAAUCCGGCUUUAGUUGCCAUAUCCCAGAUAACCAAAGAGGUUUUCAGUGGAAAUUCAGAUUUCUUCCCUAUUAAGCCUAUAGACUACGGACGCUUCCUGGUGAUCUCAAUAGGCACCGGCUCUGCAAAGGUGGAACAGAAAUACAGUGCGAAAAUGGCAGCCAAAUGGGGUGUUUUGAGUUGGUUAGUUCACAAAGGUUCCACCCCACUAGUGGAUGUUUUCACUCAAGCAAGUGCUGAUAUGGUUGAUUUCCAUAUUUCUGUGGUUUUUCAAGCUCUUCACUCUGAAAAAAAUUACCUUCGAAUACAAGAGGACAGGUUAACUAGGACAAACUCCACCGUUGAUGUUGCUACUAAGGAAAACUUGGACAAACUAGUGGAGAUUGGAGAAAGGUUGUUAAAGAAACCAGUUUCACGAGUGAAUUUGAAGACAGGUCUUGCUGAGCUAGUUAAAAAUGGUGGCACAAAUGAGGAUGCUCUCAAAAGGAUUGAUCUAACUUUGGAGAAUGUCCGAUUGAUGAUCUACACUCUCGGAUAUCCUUCUCCUCGGAGAGUAUAUCUGCCAAUCUACAAAGUUCAAUCAAAUAUAAUUUAG